AUGGCGCCCGCGGCCCGCUCCGGGCUGCAGCGCGCGGGCCAGAGCGUGCUCGGCCCCGCGGCGCACGCGGGCGCGGAUGACCCGCCCCCCAGGCCGCCGUCCGUGGGCCAGACGGGCCGCCUGUACUGCUCCGCCUCUGCCCCGUCGCUCGCCCCGAACUUCAUGCCCACGUCGAACGUGUCGGGGCUGACGCAGGUCCGGGUGUCCAAGCCGAGGACGAUUGUGUCGGACGACCCGAAGAGCAUCUGGACCGACAGCCUCACGCACCUCCCCAAGGGCCAGCAGUGGCCCGCCCACGCCGUGCCGCUGUUCGCCUUCACGGGCGAGGGGAGGCCGUGCCCGGCCUACAGGGAAGAGAUCAACUUCACCAUCACCGAGGAGCUCUACUGCACCUUUGUGCUGAAGUUCCGCAGCGGCAUAGGCGACCACUACGGCGGGGGCUCCAUAGGUCUGGUGCACCUCCCCGACAGGCAGGAGGCGACGCCUGGCUCACGGGGGCAGCUCGUCAUGGUCACGAACAUGAACGUGAACCCAGACACCUCUGUGACGAUCACGUGCGUCGGGGACCUCGACUUCACGGUCCUCAGCUGCUGGAUGCCCAGGGGGCUGCUCGGGCUGCAGCUGGCCACGGUCCAGGUAGACCAGAUCAACGUCGAGCUUCAGCCGCUGAUCGAGACGUUCGAGUUGACGGACGAUCUGGGCUUGUUUGGACGCCUGGUGCGGUCUCGUGAGGGUUUGGCACAAACUCUGUCCAGCCGCGGACCGUACACCGUGUUCGCGCCGACCGACGAGGCCCUGCUGGCGCUCGUCGCGGGCGCGCCCGACCCGGUGCAGGCGCUGCUUGAGCACCCCGACCUGGAAGCGAUCUUGCGGUGUCACGUCUGCCAAGGCAAAGUGCCCGUGGCGGCCAUGUACAGCAACCGCAUGUUCCAGAGCAUCGACGGUUCGCUGAUGACGAUGUCGUUCAAGGUGUGGCCGCGAGGCGAGCCGUCCAUCAACGGCGUGCCCAUCUCGCAGCUCGACACGUUCGCGUCGAACGGGGUGGUGCACAGCAUCGUGGCGGUCCUUGCGCCGAAGCCGCAGCCUGCCGCCAGGCCCUACCGCUGA